GGUCACGUGAGUGUCCAUUUCAUCACCAACAUGUAUCACGUGAGGGACAAUCGGGUUCUGAUCUGAGUCUGUGUUCCAACCAGAAAUCUUCUCGUCUUUCUUCUUCUUCUUCUUGUCUUGUCUUUCUGGUUUAACUGUCACGAAACGACGACGUAGCAUUCAAUGGCGACUCGGAAUCGCACUUUGCUUUUCCGAAAGCACCGAGACGCAUUGAAGAGCGUCCGAUUCCCCUCCUCCUCUUCGCCGCCCUCCGCCGCCGCCGGCCCCGUCAUCGAAUUGGUCAGCACCUCGCUUCUCAAUCCCAAUCGCUCUUACACUCCGCUUAGCACAGAGGAUCCCGCUAAUUCAAGUAAGGGUGCUAUUCCAAUUACUGUGGGGUUACCGCCGGCGUGGGUGGAUGUAUCUGAAGAGAUAUCAGCAAAUGUGCAACGGGCGCGAUCGAAAAUGGCGGAGUUGGCUAAGGCUCACGCGAAGGCGUUAAUGCCGUCGUUUGGAGAUGGUAAGGAGGAUCAGCAUGCGAUUGAAUCGCUAACUUAUGAGAUAACUGACUUGAUUAAGAGAUCGGAGAAGAAGCUGCGGAGACUUUCUGCUGCUGGGCCUUCGGAGGAUUCCAAUGUCAGGAAAAAUGUGCAGCGUUCGCUUGCUACUGACCUCCAGAACCUCUCUGUAGAGCUUCGCAAGAAACAAUCAACUUAUUUGAAGCGCCUCAGGCAGCAAAAAGAGGGUCAAGAUGGGGUUGAUCUAGAGAUCAACUUAAAUGGAGGAAAAUCUAGAUAUGAAGAUGAUGACUUGGAUAAUAUGGUAUUUAGUGAGCAUCAGAUGGCCAAACUGAAAAAAAGUGAAGCAUUCACAGUAGAAAGAGAAAAAGAGAUCCAACAAGUUGUGGAAUCUGUGAACGAGCUUGCUCAAAUUAUGAAAGAUUUAUCAGUACUAGUCAUAGACCAGGGAACCAUUGUUGAUAGAAUAGACUACAACAUUCAGAAUGUCGCAACCACAGUUGAGGAUGGCCUUAAACAGCUUCAGAAGGCAGAGAGAACUCAGAAAAAGGGGGGCAUGGUAAUGUGUGCUACGGUGCUUCUUAUCAUGUGCUUUGUUAUGUUGGUUCUCUUGGUCAUUAAGGAAAUUAUUUUGUGAUCCAUGGUGAUAUUUGAUUCUCAUUUUAUUAUUUGGUCACCUCUCAUUCGUGUGACCUUUCUCUUGACACACCAUCUGUUGCCUGCUCGGAGGUAGUGACACAAUCAGUCUUUAGAGAAGACAAAGGGAGUAGCCAAGCUAUCUGCACUGGAUGAAGAAACCAAGUUAAUUCUCCUUCCUUUUCUUUUGCCACGGAGGAUGUAGGGCAGAGUAGGUGUGUUGGAGAGUUAUAAGAGUUUUAGUGGUUGGUGUGAUACAGUAGGAAAAGAUACAUAAGGCUAGAAAAUGUAUAGAGCGGUUGUAUGAACCUGUACUUAACAUUCUUUGCCUGCAGAUCCGGGUGUUGAACCGUGUCUUAUGCUUUAUUAUUUUUUUGGUGACAUUUAAUAUCUUUUCCCUAUUGCAUUUAAAGGGGAUGGAAUUUUUUGUAUCCAUAAAACAAUUCAUGCAAUAAAAUGGAGGUUUCUGUGAGGUUCUCA